CCGAUGUCUGUUGCUUAUUUGACUUAAUCAGUAUCCAAAUGUACGUUCUUUCUACAAUAGUCGCUUCUUUGGUCGUCUUUUUUCUCUUGAAAUGGAUGAAAAAGAGACGCUACUGCACCGACCUCAAACGACUGGACGGCAAAACAGUUCUAGUUACCGGUGGGAGUUCCGGCAUCGGCAAGGAGACGGCCGUGGCGUUGGCCACGAGGGGCGCACGCGUGGUGGUCGCCUGCCGUGACGCGGACAAGGCGGAGAAGGCGGUGCGGGAGAUCAAGUUCCGCAGUCGCAGUCUGGCAGUGGUCCGCAUGGAGCUGGACCUGGCCAACCUGCGCUCAGUGCGUGACUUCUGCAAGCGCUUCCUGCAGUGCGAGAAGAGGCUCGACAUCUUGAUCAAUAACGCAGCCAUGCCAGGCGUGCUGGACUGGACGGAUGACGGUUUCAGCAUGUGCCUAGGCGUCAACCACCUGGGUCACUUCCUGCUCACCAACCUGCUGCUGGGCCGGCUGAAGGAGUGCGCCCCCAGCCGCGUGGUCACGCUCACCUGCUCCAGCUACAAGUACCAGAAGCUGGACUUCCACGACCUCAACUACAACCUGCUGCCCUUCUUCACCUACUGCCGCAGCAAGCUGGCCAAUAUCUACUUCAGCCACGAGCUGGGCCGCCUCACGCAAGGGAAGGGUGUCACCUCCUACGCUGUGCACCCCGGCUUCGUGCAGAGCGACUGGACGUGUCACUACUCGUUCUUAUUCCGGGCUCUGAUGCGGGUCUUCAUGUGGAUGUUCUUCGUGCCCUGCGAGGCGGGCGCUCAGACUGUGGUCUACUGCGCCGUGUCAGACGAGGUGGCCAAUCAGGGCGGUGGAUACUUUGUGGACUGUCGGGCGGCCACCCUGAGACCGUUCGCCCGUGACGCCGGCGUGGCCAAGAAGCUGUGGGAGGCCAGCGAGAGGCUCGUCAAACUGGCGUGACGCUUUUUUUUUUUUUACAUUUUGGCAUGAUUUUCAUAAAAACAAGUUAUGAGUUAAUUCAUUCAACAACAGGUUUCCUUUGACAUGUGAUAUACAUUAUGUAUAAAGUACUCAGUGACAUUUUAUUCAUUGUUUCUUUGAAAAAGGAAGCAAUCAUUUUUGUUGUAAGAUUUUUAACAUGGCGGCCCGGUAGAUGACUGUUUGGCACAUCCGCCUCACAGUUCUGAGGACCGGGGUUCAAAUCCCGGCCCCGCCUGUGUGGAGUUUGCAUGUUCUCCUCCUAACUGCGUGGGUUUUCUCUGGGUACUCCGGUUUGCUCCCAGAUCCCAAAAACAUGCAUUCAUUCAUUCAUCUUCCGUUGCGCUUAUCCUCACGAGGGUCGCCGGCGUGCUGGAGCUUAUCCCAGCUAUCUUCGGGCUUGAGGCGGGGUACACCCUGAACUGGUCGCCAGCCAAUCACAGGGCACAUAGAAAAAAACAGUCAUUCACACUCACAAUCACACCUACAGGUCAUUUAGAGUCUUCAAUUAACCUACUCUGCAUGUUUUAGGGAUG